CCCCGGUCCGGACGCAGAGUUCACCAACACGACGAGUCGCUUGUACACAAAACAUUUCCCUCCGCUUUCCCUGAAGCGUGAAAAACACGCGAGACUUCCUGAAAAUCCUCAAUUUUCCGAUUUCAUCGGGCGGACCCGCUCCUGCGGGAAACUGGGACCCUCGAGAGUGACGUGACCAUCGCCAGGAGCCGUGCUGGCAUUUUCACGGCGGAAAACGGACCCGAAACGAAGAAAAGACGGAAAACAUGUCCGCGUUCAUGAAAUGAGAGUUUGAGGCAGCUACUGGCGGGUGUUUGGUGCCGGUUGGUUAUCUUAGCGACGUUUUUGUUUUUUAAUUGAAUAAAGUCCUUUCAAAUAAACGGAUAAAGUGAUUGCUCGAGUUUUGAAUUAAUUUAAGAUGGUUCUGUGCCAAUAUUACUUGAACAACAGUUGUCGCUUCGGAUCAAAGUGCGUCAACGACCAUUUCGAUGUCAGGCAACUAAUCAAAAGCGAAGUAGAGGCCGCCCUAAAGGGGACACAAUGGCCCCUUUCCUGCUUCGGCCCGUUCAAGGAAAAGCCAUGUUUGUCGAAUUUUAUAAACGAUCAAUCCUUCGAGGAAAUCCGCUACCUUUGCUACGAAGCGAAAAAACAAAACAAUCUUCCAGCUUACGCCCAGCAAUUCACCCAAGAGGUCAUGAAUGCCCAGAACAGAAUGAAAGCGCUUCUAGCCUUGAACCGUGACGUUAUCGAGGCGGUAGUCAACCUGUACAACAGCCAAGACCCGAACGCGGCUCCACAGGCGCAGAAGAGCAAUCCCUUCUCGCUGGGUGGCGGCUUCGGUGCCCAACAAGCGAACAAUACAAAUUCGAUCUUUGGAAAUAGCUCAGCGUCCGCGAAUAAUUCUUUUGCAAGUUCUGGUUUUGGCAGUACUGUCCAGAAUGCAGGGCAGCAGAUGCCAGUAACCAGCUCCGGGAGCAUAUUCGGCCAAUCUGGAUUUGGAGGCACCAACAACGCCAACGCUUUCGGUGCAGCAAACAAUUCGAUUUUCGGAGGAAAUCAGCCACAGCAACAGCAGCAGCCCCAACAAACUAAUGCAUUUGCACUUCCCCAACUCGGUGGGACGCAGCAAAAUAAUCAAGCAAGCAACGUAUUCGGAAUGACGGGAGCGAAUAAUGCCUUUGGGGCCCUUCAACCGCCUAACGCAUUCGGAGCACAAAAUCAAGCUCCACAAACUAAUUUGUUCGGGCAGCAGAACAACCAGAUGCAGUCAACGGGGUUGUUUGGCCAGGCCGCCCAGCAGCAGCAACAGCAGCCCCAGCUCCAAGCACAACCCCAGAAUUUGGCCUUCGCACAACCGGCACAAAAUCCAAAUAUCUUCGGCGGUUCACAACCGACUUCCAGUGCCUUCAGCCAACCAACGACUACCCCAACUUCAGGGCAGAGUAUUUUCGGCAACGCCAUGUCCCAAGCUCCGCAACAGCAGAAUAUAUUCGCUGCUCAGGCUCAGAUUCAACAACAACAACAACAGCAGCAGCAACCGGUCGGCUUCGGAGGUCAACCGACUAAUGCUUUUGGAGUAGCACCUAUACAACAGCAACAGCAACCCGAUGCAGGCGCUCCUGGAGGAGUGUUUGGUGGUGUUCCUGGUCAACCGAACGCUUUCCAGCAGAACAGCAUGCAGCCAUUCGGCCAACAAAACAACGCAGCCGGAGCGAAUAUGUUUGGUGAUAUCCCAGAUUCCGUUUAUAGCAAAAUGGAAGAUUUAACCCCGGAAGCGUUAGAAGCAUUCAAAGCACCGGAAUUUGUGCUAGGGAAGCUGCCGACGAUGCCGCCACCGAGAGAGUUAUGCUGAACAUGAAAUUAUUUUCAUUUUAUUUUUGUUUUUGUUGAUAUUUUGUUGUAAUAUAUAAAGUUAGUCUCCAGGAA